ACAACAGGUUCACUUCCUGUAGGGACUGAAAACCAAGUGAGGAGAUGGUGCUGUGGUGGGAUUCGAACCCGGAUCCCCAAAAUAUUACCCGGGGCAUCUGGAUUACAAGUCCAGCGACAAUACAACUACACCUCUUACUAUGCCUCCAACUGUCUUAGCAUCAAUACCUUUCAGGGGAAACUAGAUAAGCACCACGAAGGGGAAAGGAUGAUUGGCUGAGAUGAAGAGGGAAGGAUUGCACCGUACUACACCAGAGAAUACAGAGAGGAUAGACACCACAGAUAGAUCCUGACCAUCACCCAAGGAAGAAUUGCAUAACUGUGGGAAGACAUCCAGUCCCUUCACAGCAUUGCUCAACACAGAGAAGGUUGGGCAGUCAAACCAUCAUCUGGAAAUCGGUCGGGUCAGGGGAGCUUUGACAUAUCAUCAGAUCUGAAACUGGUCAGUGGUGUGGAGUCUUCCAUCAGAACCAACCUUUCCAAAGGUUCAGUUGUGGAUGAUCGGUCAGGGUGAGGCUGGGAAGAAGUGUAAGGAGGCUCCAAGUGUGAUGAGAGCUUCAAUCAUUCAUUGAGCUUCAUGAACCACUGACCCAUCCCUACAGGUGAGAGGCUGUUCAAGCGUAAGCUGCGAGAGGAGGGCUCUGGCGACUCACAUGAUCUGCUGACACAGAAGGUAGAACUGUUAUGACCACUGUAAACACAAGGGCAGAUACAUGGAAGAGAAACCCUUCAAGUCUGAGGUUUGAGCUAAAGCUUUUUUGGCAUCUUCGAGCCUCCUGAGAUACUAGAAGAAUCACACCGGGGACAAACCCUUCAGGUGUGAUGUUUGUGAGAUGUCUUUUACACAGUCGUGUAUUCGCACAGAGGAGAAACUGUUUACAUGCGAAGUGUAUGACAAAUCAUUCUCAGGGUCAUCGUCCCUCCACCUUCAUCAACACAUUCAGACCAGGGAGAAACCGUUCAUGUGUGAGGUGUGCAAGAAAUCAGUCCUUGAGACAUCGACCCUCCACAAACAUCAAUGCAUUCACACCGGAGAGAAACCAUUCACAUGCAGGUUACGCAACAAAUCGUUCCCGAGUUCAUCGCAAUUCCUCAUGCACCUGGACGUACAUACUGGGGAGAAACCACUCGUGUGACAUGUGCAACAAAUCAUUCUUACACUCAUCAUCCCUCCAUCAGCACCAACACAUUCACACAGGGGAGAAACUGUUCACGUGUGAGAUGUGCGACAAAUCAUUCUCCAAAUCGUGGAACCUCCACACACACCAACACAUUCACACAGGGGUGAAACCAUUCACGUGUGAGAUGUGCGACAAAUCAUUCUCCAAAUCAUGGAACCUCCACGCACACCAACGCAUUCACACAGGGGAGAAACCGUUCACUUGCAAGGCAUGCAACAAAUCAUUUUCACAGUUAAUGACCCUCCAUGUACAACAACGCAUUCACACUGGGGAAAAACCAUUCAAAUGUGAGGUGUGCGACAAAUCAUUCUCCAAGUCAUCGGCUGUCCAUGCACAUCAAUGUAUUUACAUAGGGGAGAAACCAUUCAAAUGCAGGUUAUACAACAAGUCAUUCUCGAAUUCAUUGCAAUUCCUCACACACCAACACAAACAUACUGGGGAGAAACCAUUCACGUGCGACGUGUGCAACAAAUCAUUCUUAAACUCAUCAUCCCUCCACACACAUCAACGCAUUCACACAGGGGAGAAACUAUUUACAUGCAAGGUGUGCAACAAAUCAUUCUCACAGAUAGCGACCCUCUGCAUACACCAACGUAUUCACACAGGAGAGAAACCAUUCACCUGCCAGGUGCAUGACAAAUCUUUCACACAGUCAUCGCAUUCACAAAGGGGAGAAACCGUUCAUAUGCAAGGAGUUUGAUAAAUCAUUCUUGUAGUUAGAGACCCUCCACAAUCGCCAGUGCAUUUACACGGGAGAAACCAUUCACAUGAGGUGUACGACAAAUCAUUCUCACCAUUAAAGAGCCUCUUGGUCCAGUGGAGGAUUGACACAGGAGAAAACCUUCAGAUAUGAGGUGUGUGACAAGGCUUUCACACAGUCAGUGGAUUUUCUGGUCCAUCAAUGCACUCACACAGGGGAGAAACCCUAUCAGUGUGAACUGUUAUGCCUGCACACCUCCUGGAACAUCAGCAAACCGACAUAGGAUUCACCUCCUGAGACACCAGAAGAUCCACACGAGACACUCGUUAGGUGUGAGGUAUGUGACCAAGCCUUCAUACAGUCAGCAAACCUCAGCAUACACCGGCCUAUUCUCAUAAAUGAGUAACCCACCAAUUGUGAUAAAGCUUUCUUGAUAACUUUGACCCCCCAGGGCACCAGCAGAAACUCUUUAGGUGCAAUAUUUGUGACCAGGCUUGUGCCCACUCCUCCGAUCUCCUGAAGCACCAGAGGAUCCACACUAGUGAGAAACCAUUCAGGUAUGAGGUUUGUGACAAAGUUUUCAUAGUCAGCGUAUCUCCUGGUCGAUCAACACACUCUCACAGGGGAGAAACCCUAUUGGUGUGAGUUCUGUAGUAAAGCCUUCAUACAGUUGUUGGUCCUUGUGGAACAUCAGUGAACCCACAUGGGAGACAAAUGCUUCCAAUGUGAUGUGUGCCAGGAUUGUUUCACCUACACCUCUCUCACCAUACACCAACGUCUCCACACAGACUUAGAGCCGGGUCACCUGCUUCCAUUACACUGAGAGUUGUCUGUGUUGUUUACCCUCCAGUGCUCAUACAGGGGAGCUGUUGUUCCAAAACACUGUCUGUCUCAGCAGUGUCUGUCUCAAACCUCUCCCACUAUAAGUCUGAUUGUUUUGAGAAGGCCAAUUUAAACUUUGAACAGAUCACUAAACAUCGCCAUCAAUAUGCAUAGAAGCUCCUGUUUAUGCACAGAUGUCACUGUGUCUCUGGGAGGAUUUCCUCAGCCAUAGGAAGUAGGUGAUUCAGGAGAAUGUGUGUCAGGAUUUUCCCUGCUAUGGACAAAAGGUCAAUAGUUUCCACAGUGUGAUUUAUCACCCUUUUUGAAGAUAGUUACAAUUGUCACAUUCCUGAAUUUGGAUAGGGCUAUUUUUCCUCCCAAAUCCGAAGGAUGAGUUUAUGGAGUCUUGAUGUGAGCAGAAGUCCACCAGCUUUGAAGACCUCAGCUGGAAUACCAUCGGGGCCACCGGCUUUGUUGUUUUUCAUCUGUUUGAUUGUUUGUUGCAGCUCUCCCAUGGAUGGGGACUCACCCAUGGAUUCUACCACAGGCACUGGGGGAUAGACUGGAAGGUAUCAGCUGUCACUGUGGAUUCAUGGUUGAGGAGUUGUUCAAAAUGUUCUUUCCAGCAUUAACAGAUGUCAUUGUCAUCCUUAAGAAGAGAAACACCAUCCUGUGAAUAAAGGGGAUUUUGUCCAUUUGAUCUCGGUCUACAGGUGGUCCUGGUGAUUUCAUAAAAAGAAUUGUAUGUCAUGAUGAUCAGAUUGUUGUAUCUCUGGAGCUUUCUCUUCCCACCACAUGUCCUUUAUCUUCCAGAUUUGUCAUUUGGUGUCAGUCUUGAGCUGUUGAAAUGCUGCCUUCUGGAGUUGCGACUUUGGGUGCUCUGCCAGGCAAUGAAGGCUGAUCGCUUUUGCUCCAGCAGGUCACAUAUUUGAGCAUCAUGUUCGUCGAGCCAGUGCUGGUGACGACGAUGCUCGAACCCAAUGGUCUGGGCACAGGAGUUUAGUACUUUAUUUUCACAGAAUCGCAGUGCAGAAGAGGCCCUUCGGCCCGUUGAGUCUGCACCGACACAUGAGAAACACCUGACCUACCUACCUAAUCCCAUUUACCAGCACUUGGC